AUGGUUGACAAGCUAAACUUUUUCUUUCUUUCAUUUGGCUUUCUUUCUUUCUUUCUUUCUUUCUUUCUUUCUUUCUUUCUUUCUUUCUUUCUUUCUUUCUUUCUUUCUUAUAUCUGUCUGCAUAUAGACGAUAAGGCGCCUACUCUAGAGAAUCUAUUGCACCCCUUAAAUUCCUCGACUCUAUCUAUCUAUCUAUCUAUCUAUCUAUCUAUCUAUCUAUCUAUCUAUCUAUCUGUGUCUGUCUGUCUGUCUGUUCAGGAAUUUAAGUUGAUAAGAACUAGCGUAUCUCGUCAUCUUGGUAUGUCUUUCAUCAUCAUCAUCAUCAUCAUCAUCAUCUCUUUCUCUUAUCUCUACCCAUUUGUGUGUGUAUGGCUUUUCAUUUCGUUGUUUCUUUAUCCAUCAUUUUACAUCUCCUUUCUAUCUAUCUAUCUAUCUAUCUAUCUAUCUAUCUAUCUAUCUAUCUAUCUAUCUCACUUUGGCUCCCUAGCUACCUAUCUCUUAACCUUUCUCUCUCUCUCUCUCUCUCUCUCUCUCUCUCUUGCUCUCGCUCUCUCUUUCUUUCUUGACGUUACUCUUUUUCUCUCAUUUUCUUUCGGUAUUAAAUGGUUGGAGGGUACACAGUCGAAACAAUCUAUCUAUCUAUCUAUCUAUCUAUCUAUCUAUCUAUCUAUCUAUCUAUCUAACAACCAAGAUGAAAACAAUAGUCGGGGGCAAAGUUGUAUCAACAUAACAGUGAGUGAUGACAUGACUGUGACAGAAAGUAUAGCGGUCAGUGGGAAGCACACAGCCGUUGUAGCUGCUCAACAUGAGAAGACCUCUCAUGACAUUUACAUCCAAGACGGAAAGAGCGGAGAUGGCACUGCUGUAGCUGUUGAAGCUGCUGCCGAGGAUACUGCUGAAGCCUCUGUGCCGACCAGUGACCCACCCCCGAGCAGCAGUGGAAGCAACAGCAACAGUGACUCUGCCAAUAGCGACGGGGACAAGAAAUCUCAGGAACACAGUUCGGCUGCAAGAAUGGGCGUUGCAAUGAGCCUUGGUUGCGUCUUUGUCGCCGCCGCCAUAGGAAUGACGCAGCUUUAA